AUGAAGAGCUUUCGCAGUAAAGCGUCGCGUUUCUUCAGAGAAGGUGCAUCUUCAGAAGAGAAGGGGGCAACCAAAAACACCUCGCAGUUUGAGUUCGACGCUGGUACUGACAGCACUGCUACAAGAAAAGUGACGUGGCCCUUUCGCCGCAAAGAUGGUAAGGUAGACAAGCCGCAACCAGUUCUGCGGCUCAAUUCUUCGUCAUCAACUUUGCUCCCUCCAGCCAUACCACGCAUCAUUGCUCAUUACGACGAUUCCGACGACGAUGACACACAGGCAUUUCGUCGUUCGCCUGCUGCAUCCAACAAGAAGAAGAUGUAUCGCAAUGCGUUCAGUAUGUCCAAUCUCAAGAAGUCGUGUUCGAAUCUUGCGGCGUUGAAGAACAAUGGCUCCCGAAUCUUCAGCAGCCACAAGAAGCCCUACUCAACAUCUCCGCCACCACCACCCGUCCCUCAAAUUCCCAUCGACUUCACUAUCCCACUACCAACCCGUUACUCAGCUCAUCCACCUCCACCUCCACCUCCACCCCCUCCGCCACCACCACCACCAAUCCCAAAACGCAGCAGCAACCGCCCUCCACCCCCCAAGCUCAAAAAGGCAAAAAGCAGUACAGGUCCCAUCUCCCGCCCAACCCCCACAUCCCAAGACUCAGCCAUCUCACCUCUCCUCAACCACCUCGCCACCACCCCUUUCACACCGCGCAACAGGAGCCCCCCGCAACGCCCUCCACGCCCUAGCGAGGUAGCAAACGACACACUCAUGUACAUGCGCCACACCAACGCCCGGAUGGUUCUUCCCGUGCGUCCCCGUACAGGCACCACCGCAUCAUCCCAUCCAUCUCAGUCUACCUCCACUUUCCCAUCUACUUCAGCGUCCACUGCAACGUCCAAGUCAACUCCAUCAACAACGUCAACCACCUACCACACCAACGCCAACGCCAUCGCAUCCCGCCUCGGCAUCCCAACAGGCCACUCCACCCCCCUCACACCCUCCCUCGCUGCCCCCCUCGCCGCCCAAAUCCCACAACACCCUACUUUGCGCCUUCCAGUCUGCGUUACAGAUGGCAGCACGAGGUACAGUCGCUUCAGCGAGUUUGUCGCGGGUUGCGAACCGGCGGCUUACGCGCCAGCGCUGCGUGGUGGGUCAGCACCGGGUUACGAGCACCUUGGUGCGAGGCUUAGUACAGAUGCGCUGGUUGAAGUGUAUGCAAAGGACAAGGAAGACGAGUGGGUCCUUGAGAGACAGGUCAGUAAAGGAGAGAAAGGGGAGGCGGGCGGCAUGGUGUUUCGGGAUCGGAGGGGAGGAUUUCAUUUUGUCAAGAAUUUGUGA